AUGUCAGCCAACGCUCCAUGGCAUGCCGCAUUUCCCGCCCCCAAGAGCGUGGCGCCUUCUAUAUCGCGGGAGGAGCUAUUGCAAUGGAUUCGGGACGGUAAACAAGCCGGCAAAGACUACGUUCUUGUCGAUUUGCGCCGCACUGAUUAUGAGGGAGGGACAAUCCGGGGAUCAUUGAAUUUGCCAGCUCAGAGUCUAUAUCCCACCAUCCCGACAUUAUAUUCUCUUGUAUCGAACAGCAGCGCGAAGUAUGUGAUUUGGUACUGUGGGUCAUCUGCUGGUCGAGGUACUCGUGCAGGAGGCUGGUUUGCAGAUUAUCUAGAGGAGAAACAGGAUACAGAAGUUAAGAGCUUGGUUCUUACGGGAGGCAUCAAGGGUUGGGUUGCUGCUGGUUCGGAGUAUACUUCUUUGAUGGAUGGGUACGAUGCAUCUGUCUGGACGAAGUAG